AUGACAAACGCUCUCGUGGAAGCCUUGGACCAUGCGGGUGGGCAUGGAAAGGCAGACCAGGGUGAAUCACUUUCCAGUUUUCUGGCCUCGCUGGCGACGGCCUUAAUCGUGUUUGGGGUUGAGUUCCUUCUUUUCAUGAUACUCAAGGGUAAAUUGACUCGCAUUUAUCAACCACGCACAUACCUUGUUCCAGAUCGAGAACGUACAUCACCAUCGCCCCCUGGUCUCUUUCGCUGGAUCGGCCCGGUCUUCCGGACCUCAAGUGCGGAGUUUAUCCAAAAAAGCGGUUUAGAUGCAUAUUUCUUUCUGCGUUAUCUGCGCAUGCUGUUGAAGAUCUUCGUACCGCUUGCUCUCCUCCUCCUUCCUGUCCUACUCCCUAUCAACAGAGUGGACGGGAAAGGCAAAACCUACACAAACGGUCACAAUGGUUCUCAGUGGAAUGUCAGUGGCCUGGAUCAAUUGGCGUGGGGGAAUAUCAAACCCGAGAAUACCCACCGCUAUUGGGCUCAUCUGGUUAUGGCCAUCAUUGUUGUGGUGUGGAUUUGCGCAAUAUUCUUUGAUGAAUUGCGAGGCUAUAUCCGCCUACGUCAGGCGUAUAUGACAUCGCCACAACAUCGACUGCGCGCCUCUGCAACUACAGUGCUUGUUACCGCUAUUCCACCUGAGUGGCUUGAAGUUGAAGCUCUAGAUAACCUCUUCGACGUUUUCCCAGGUGGAAUCCGCAAUAUUUGGAUCAAUCGCAACUUCGAUGAAUUGAACGAAAAAGUGAAACAGCGGAAUAAGGUGGCCCUGAAACUCGAAUCUGCUGAGACUUCACUGAUUGCCCAGUGCAAAGAGGCGCAACUGAAGCAGUUAAAAUCAGAGCGCAAGAGUAAAGGGGCCAAAGGAAAGCUCAGCAGUGAAGAUCGAGAGAAAAUGGCUACAGACCAGCGUGCUUCUCAGAUGGCCAUGGACGCUGGUGUAAGCUCUGGCAACCCUCACCAGGUACAAACAUUGGAUGAAGCUCUACAUCGUAAUCCGGACAGCCAUCAGCGACAAACUUCUAAUGCGUCCCGUACCAGGGUAUUUGACCCUGCCCUUGCAGCGGCUGGCGCAGUUGGUAUGGGAGUUGGAAAAUUGGGUAAAACCGUUCUAGGCGGUUUAAAAAAAGUGGAAGGUGGUUUUGAUAAUACUUUCACGCAAAACAGAGGCCUGGUGGCCGCAAUUGAUAAUGAAUUACCAUCUCGCCAAAUUACCCCUCCAGGAAAUGAGGACCUAUCUCUUUCGAAUUCUGCUGACACUGAAUACCCAUCGUCCGCCCCGAUGCCUCAAAUACCAGAGCCCAAACAGAGCAAAGGUUCUAUGUGCCGCGAUCAUCGAACUCCUCCCACGCGGCCGUUUUGGAGGUCUCGUGGCUCAUCCUACUCAAAACACACUAAAAAUGAUCCAGAGACUGAUGAACAUCCUCUCACCGCACCCGAUACCCCUAUUGAUGUGGAUCGUCUACCUUCUACGCAACCCUGUGACGAGAAGGGUCACGAGUCGAAAAAUCGCAAAGAAGGAGACAAGAUGGAGGGAGAACAAUAUCCAAUCUCCUACAACGAAGCAUUCGACAACGAGGAUUAUGGAGAACCGCUGUGGAAGAAAUAUAUUCGCCCCAAAGACAGAGAUACCUGGCGUCUUCCUUUAUUCAAAUGGAGCAAAUGGCCUACAAUCUGGCUUAUUGGCAAAAAAGUUGAUACAAUCGACUAUUGUCGGAAAGAACUUGCUCGGUUGAACUUGGAAAUCGAGAUCGACCAGCAACAUCCUGAACGAUUUCCGUUAAUGAAUUCGGCGUUUAUUCAAUUCAACCAUCAGGUGGCCGCUCACAUGGCCUGUCAGUCUGUGGCUCAUCAUCUCCCAAAACAGAUGGCUCCACGGAUUGUAGAGAUCUCACCUGAUGAUGUUAUAUGGGAUAAUAUGUCCCUCAAAUGGUGGGAACGGUAUCUGCGCACAAUCGGAAUUAUUAUCAUUGUUUGUGCAAUGGUAGUUGGUUGGGCAUUUCCUGUUGCUUUUACAGGCUUAUUAUCUCAGCUCUCUUACCUCGAAGGCGCAUUCUCGUGGCUAUCCUGGAUAAGUAAGCUACCUUCUUGGUUCAUUUCAGCAAUCCAAGGUGUGCUACCAGCACUCUGUCUUGCGAUUCUUAUGGCACUACUUCCUCUACUACUACGGUUUUUAAGCAGGAAGCAGGGUGUGCAUACUGGUAUGGCCGUGGAACUCACUGUCCAAAACUACUAUUUUGCCUUCCUAUUCGUCCAGCUGUUCUUGGUUGUCACAAUUGCAUCCAGCUUCUCGACUAUCAUUGACAAUGCCACGGAUGUGACGAACUGGGCAGAUCUUCUUGCGGACAAUAUCCCAAAAUCAAGCAACUACUUUUUCUCAUACAUGAUUCUGCAAGCCAUGUCGGUUAGUGCAGGAGCCCUUGUGCAAAUAUUCGGUCUAAUCAGCUGGUUCAUCCUCGCCCCGAUCCUCGAUAAGACCGCCAGAAAGAAGUGGGCUCGCACAACAAACUUGAAUCAGAUGCAAUGGGGUUCCUUCUUUCCUGUGUACACAACACUCGCGUCUAUCGGUAUGAUCUACUGUGUGAUCGCGCCUCUUAUCCUUGUAUUCAACGUCAUUACUUUCGGUCUUUUCUGGUUUGUCUAUCGCUACAAUACGCUCUAUGUCACCAAAUUUCGUUUCGAUACGGGUGGUCUUCUUUUCCCACGAGCUAUCAAUCAGCUCUUCACAGGUGUCUAUUUCAUGGAGGCCUCCCUAAUUGCCAUGUUCUUCUUGGUGCAAGAUCAACAUGGGCAUACAUCUGCCAAAGGCCAGGGCAUUGUUAUGAUUUUCGUUCUAGCUCUAACGGUUGUCUAUCAAGUCCUCCUUGCUAACGCAUUCGGACCUCUCAUCAGGUAUAUACCUGUCACUUUAGAAGACGACGCAAUUCGUCGGGAUGAGGAGUUUAAGCGUGCUCAACAUGCUCGACUUGGACUUCCUUUGGAUGAAGAUGAGGAAGAAAAGGGACCCGUGGACCACGGCAUUCCUCAGCCUCAGCACGAGGAGUUUCAGCAAGAUCGGGAUAUUGAGCUUAGAAGUCUAGAGAGCAACCAGGAAGAUCGCAAGCCGAAUGCCUCUCGUGAUCAUUUGUCGACGCCUAAGUUUGGGGACAAACGACCAUCUUGGGCCUCCCGAUCGCCAAACAGACGGUCUAAAUUCUUUGGGGUGAACUCAUCGAGCUCUCUUCCCACAACAAAGUCUCUUAGAGAGAAGAUGGCACAUGACGCUAUGCAUGAUGCCGAAAAUCAAGGUCUACCAGCAAAAACUCUAGGUCAUUCUUUAUUCUCUGGUCUUCAUGAUGAAUUGGAGGAUUUGACACCCGACGAACGCGAUCAACUGGUACAGCGCGCAUUCCAACACGAAGCUCUCCGGGCCAAAAGGCCAGUUAUAUGGAUUCCACGAGAUGAUAUCGGUGUCAGUGACGAUGAGGUCUACAGAACACAACGAUUCAGUAAACAUAUCUGGAUCAGCAACGAGUACCAAGCACUGGAUGGUAAAUGCCGAACGAUCUUCAGCCGCAGCCCACCAGACUUCUCAGAAGUGGACCUCAUUCAACUAUGA